AUGGAGCCAAUAUCGAAAGUGGCUGAAGCGCCUGACGCAUCAAAUGUCAGCAGAACCAACUCCAGCGCAGGAGGCUUCCUCCCGCAACAGUCCCUCCCCUCGCCCGCCCCGAGCAACAUUUCGUCAGCAUCUACAACACGGUACAAUGCCACGGGAUUACCGCAUCCUCGCGCGCAUGCGCUGCGCCCUGGUUCAGCGAAAGAGGACAUGGUCCGGAACUUUGUAUCCGACCGGAUGAUGCUUAUCAAUCGCCGGUUCUUGAUGAAGACUGGCAAUAGUAUUGGGCCUGAUGCAGAUGGCGUGGAGGGCUACAAGAAUAUGGCUUCGCUGCAGAUCCCGUAUUUCCUGAACAUUGCAUCCGAGUUUAACACCUGGGUGACCGGUCUCCCAUCAUCGCCUGCCCCGACGUUUGCGAUCCUCCGCAAGUUGGAUCACUGCUUCGCCAGCCUACUCGCUGGCGAGGAUGUCGACACAAAGGAGCCCCUGCCCGGGUUCGAGAGGGGCCCGAGUGCAGGUAUGAGCCGCACACACAUGGUGCGGUGUAAGAGCCUGGUGCAACAAGCGAGGGUGUUGAUUGUGGAGGUUAUGAACAAGGAUAAGGGAGAUGGGCCGAGGGUGGCAGAGACGGAUGAUGAUGAGGAUGAGGACAAUGAUGAAGGCAAGGUGACAGAGACAGAGACAGAGGCUGAGAAUGGGCUGGAUGGACCACAAGCUUGGAAUGAAGAUGAGGAGAGGCUGUAUAUGGAUGUUGCCAGGGUAUAUGAGAAGACUUUGGUCAAGUUGGGGGAGACUCUGGGGGAGGAGGGCUUGUUGGGGGCGGAGGAGUAG